CAAGCUCUCUAAUGCGCAUUGUGAGCCAAGAUAUUCUGGGUUUAGGUUUGGCAGAGGAGGCAGAUGCGAGGCAAGCGUCAGAUGCUGCAGAGAAGAAUGACGAGGAGGAAGAUGAAGUAAACGAUGCGGGAGAAGAAGAUGAACAAGAUGAAGGCAAAGUGGAAGAAGUGGAAGAAAAUGAAAAUAAAGUGGAAGAAGAUGUAGGAAAAUUGGAAGAAGUGAAAGAUGAAGUGGUUGCUGAUGAAAAUCAUCCUGAGGUAUAGGAUUUUAAAUUACGUGAGGUGUGGGAUUUUAAUAUUCCAGUGGUAGGGAAGAAUCACGACUGUUGUGUAUAUAGGGGAAAACAUAUUUUAGCGUUAAACAGAGGAAGAGCUACCCAAUUAGCCUUUCACACGCCGCCAUUUUUGGGUGGCUUUUCAGCCAAAGUCUGCGAGAUAGGUCCACAUAACAGCGACUUUUUAUAAUUUUUUGGACGAAUGAUGGUAAAUUUGCUUUGUAAAUGGUUAGUUUAUUUUGAAAAAUUGCUUUUCACACUGUUUUAAUUGUCUGCAUUGGUUAACGAGAAUUAGAUGCCACCCAAAAAUGGCGGAUAUUCGUCAUCGUGAGAAAGGCUAAUUCACUCGUUAUCUAUACUUUAAAUGCUCGCUUGUCUUUUCUCCAUUCUGGUCGUAAAUACCUACCCAAUAUUGACAAAUGUUUAUAACAUAAUCAACCCGUUGUGUGCUCGCGUUAUCAGAACCGUAACGCAGGCUACCAGGCAUACGAAAUUGGGGGUAGGUAUUUUUCGAGUUAAGCCCUUCGAGUUAAGCCUUUUUCGAGUUAAGCCCCUGCCACGCCCUUUUUCGCCGAGGGCUUAACUCGAAGUCAGUUAACGAUUUAAGCAUUCGAGUUAAGCCUCGACAUUUGGUGGACGUAAACAAGUGACGCGUGUACAUAUUGGCAAAUAUAUGUAAGGAGGGAGAAUGUAAAAUUUCAGCAAUUUUAAGAAAUGUAUUUUACUUAGAUCUCUGUUGCUUUUGCCUACAGUUUUAUACAGACAAUGACAUCGUGAAACGAGAGAGUUUAAUAAGGAUUUGAAAACAACAGCUCAUUCAGGGCGGCAAUUACGGCUUUAAAAACUAAAUAAUAUAUUAUUUAGCCCUUAUUGAGCUCUCUCGUUUCACGAUGUCAUUGUCUGUAUAAAACUGUAGGCAAAGCAACAGAGAUCUAAGUAAAAUAUAUUUCUUAAAAUUGCUGAAAUUUUACAUUCUCCCUCCUUACAUAUAUUUGCCAAUAUUUUUGCGAGUAUACACGCGUCACUUGUUUACAUCCACCAAAUGUCGGGGCUUAACUCGAAUGCUUAAAUCGUUAAUUGACUUCGAGUUAAGCCCCGGCGAAAAAGGGCGUGGCAGGGGCUCAACUCGAAAAGGGCUUAACUCGGAGGGCUUAACUCGAAAAAUACCUACCCCGCGAAAUUGAUAACAAGUAUGCUGAUUACAUCUAUAAGGCUACGGAUCGAGAGCGAUUCUACUACCUGAAAAAUACAAGUAAAACUUAAUUUGACGUUUGGAGCGAAGGGUCUUCGUCGGGAUGUUACCCACAGUGCUUCACUAACUUGUCCACUAAAGCCCUGGGCAAACUAGGAAACAUUGUUGCGGAAACAUUGUUUCCUGCCAAUGUUUCGCCAUGUUUCCCAGAGUGGGCAAACACUAGGAAACAUUAGUGAGAAACAUAGGGAAACAUCGAAUGUUUCUGAAUUUGCUAGGAAACAUUUUUGCUUCCCAGGAAGCAAAUUUUGUGUCCGCAACAUUGUUUCCACGGGUGGGCAAACAGGGAAACAUUUGAGGAAACAUCGAGAAUCACAAAUGUUUCCGCAACAAUGUUUCCUAGUUUGUCUACUUAACUUCCCGACGAAAUUCGAAAUGUCGAAGUUUUACUUGUAUUUUUCACAGCUUUCUGGUGUUAUUGUCACUACCUACGCUGAUACAGACCGCUCGAGUUUUGAUUACAUCUGUUAUGGUUACGAUUGCUUGCCAAAGCGAGUGUUUAUUGGCCGUUGUUUGUGUACUAGGUAAUAAAGUUGAUGAACGCAGCCAUGAAAGAUGCGGAACACCGUGACGCGGAAAUCACUGCAGAUGAAUAUGUUGAUGUUGUUGAGGAAGCCAUCCAAGCACGUUUGAAAGAAAUCGAGGAGGCCAAGGUGAAGGGACAAAGGUAAUAUGGCGAGUUUACACCGAAACGACCCCUACAAAUCUCGACACCUACAAAUGGUGAACAUUCCAAUGAUGAUAGUGAUAUAUGUUAUGUAGUUCCUCAGUUCACUGAAGCCAGGGGCUCAUUAAACUUGUUAAAGAAUCAACAACAAGACACUUGUAACAAUCGUAAACCUUACCCUAAACCUUACCCUAACAUUAGCCCUAAACUGAAGCAACUUCUGUUUAAAUUUGGAACUGUCUCAAAAACCGGUGCAGCGCUCUAACUAACUGAACUACAGAGACCCUGUUAAGCUCUAACCGCAAGUUCAUGUAAGUCCAUUGAACUAAAAAUAACUGGAACGCUACGUUCAGUAAACUGCGCAUGCAAAUUUUGAAGCCAAAAUUUGACUCCCAUGAAGCCAAAUGAAGCCAGUUUUGACUCCCAGACACGCACUUCCACGCGUGUUUCUACUGCGCGAUUUAUUCGCGAGACAAUACAGGGGGCGCUUGAAGCAUGCCGUUUUGAACGUUUUCAUGGCAGGAUGCAAAUCGAAAGGGAAACGGGCCUUUUCAGUUUAAAACGGGCCUUUUAAAGCCUGUGUACGAGUUUUUAUAAUUUAGCUUCAAACUUCCGCUUGAACGUAGCGUUCCAGUUAUUUUUAGUUCAAUGUGUAAGUCAGCCAGGGCAGCGCACUAACCACAUCUGUAGAAGCAUAUGCUGCACAGUAGUGGUAUCUGAAAUCCAGUUGUAAGCUUGUUUGAAUUUAUUGUGUAGGCUUGGUGGCUACGUUUUGGAUAACUUUCCAUUCACACGGGAACAGUUCACAUUGCUGAUAGAACGAGCCUUGAUACCAGAUUCCGUGAUAUGUUUGAAAGAUGAUUCCGACCACGGCUCAUUCCUCGCUAAACGUUGGACUGAGCUACGUCGAGCUGAGGAGAAUUUGCCUGGCAUACAAGAGAUUGACGAUAAAACUGAGGAAGGUGAAGAAACAGAGAAAGAUGGUAAGUCAUUGGAUCCGUAAGUACAGAUUUUCGUGGUGGAUACCAGAUUUCAAGUUUCUUGUAUCCGCCCACGGGACAGUGCCGAAGAUUUCAAAUCAUGUUGCAGGAAUGAAUUUCCAGUCUUGGAGUUGAAGGCACCUUAACUAACCACUGUGCCACCAACACACAAAUACCGCUAUAUUCGUAAUGUUUGGGCGUUUUUAAAGUGCAUAUAAGCUGUAGUGUAACUUAUUUUUCAGUUUCUUGUUUUUAUCGUUUGUUCAAUUUGUUUUAUUAUGUAAAUGAGUGUGAAUAUGUCCGCUAAUUUAUGACGUCACUUUGGUUGCGAGCUCAACUUACACUGGUUAUAAAUCUAUUAACUCUAAAAACUGUAUAUAUCAGUUCACGUUUUUCUCCAGUGUUUCAUCACAUUUACCAGUGAGUGAAGUUUGAAAUUAUCAUCUUGGAUGAUAGCAGUGAUAUUCAACCAAAUUAAAGAGCUUGCAACCAAAGUUACGUCAUGAAUUAGCGGACAUAUUCACACUCAUUUACAUAUCAAACAAAACUGAAAUAUCUUGGGAACAAACCAUAAAAACAAGAAACUGAAAAAUAAGUUACACUACAGCUUAAAGAGUUCUUUUAUUUAAGUAAAUAAACAAUUUCAUGUCAUAUGCACUUUAAGGAGUAAAAUUUAUCCCUUAGUAUUAUUAUUUCCUGCAGAACCAUCAAAGGAGGCAACACACGAACAGGAAACUGAGAGUACUACAGAACCUCCAAAAAGCACGAGCGGAACCAAGAAUGCAAACGAUACAGACGAAUACCAAGUUCUCAAAGUAACAUUUGAUAACAACUGGCAACAACUUCAAGCUAUUAUCAAAGGAACGAAUAAUCUUGAACCUAUUACCAUUCACUGUGAUAAAGACAUUGAUGGUAUCACUGAUGAAGCUAUAAAGGCAAUUGAAGGUACUUUGAUAUGAGUGUACUCAAUUUUGAUUUUAUAAACCAGAGGUCAGUUGUAUACGAAAGCCAGGUAACACUUUCCAGUAGUUUUUUUCAAUAGUGCAAUGAACUUUAAUCUGGGUUUUAAGUACUUAAAACCCAGAUUGAACUUUAGUAUUUAUGAAUUCAAGUUUCUUUGUAUUAAUUGUGAGGUCCAUAUUCGCAGUUUUACAGCUUUUGAAGCAAUUUCACAACAGUUGAAAAAAUCACUAUCGGGUGGAUAGCGCUAUCCGGCCUUUGUAUAACCAGCGCUAAAUCAUCGUUGUUCUCUAGAGGCGUUCAUCUACCAUCCCUGGGAGUAUACUGGUAUGGAUGAAGACGAGGAAGAGGAAGAUGCCGAGGAAGAUGAAGAGAUGGAUGAUGAAGAAGAUGAGAAUGAUGUGUUUAAUAAAGAUCUGGGAAAGAAACAGUUUGGAGAUACUAAACAUUAUUGUCCUGUCAUGUUGAAAGAGAAAGGUACGUAGAGUACCAAACAAUGAGACAAAAUUUGGGGUCAAUUAGCCUUUCUCACGCUGGACUUAUCCGCCAUUUGUGAGGUGCGAAAUGCGACUUUUUAUCACUGUAGUUGUAUGUACACUGUUACAAUUUUGAAAAGUCGCUUUUCACUUUGCUUUAAUCGUCUAGAUUCUUUGACGAGGGAAGACAGUACCCCAAAAAUGGCGAAUAUUUGGCCGCAUGAGAAAAACUAAUUUCCCUGUUAACAACUCCCAUGUACAGUGUGUAUCAAAAUAAUUCGAAUCCAAAUUUGACAGACUGCUGUUUAUAAAAUACUAAAGUAAACCAUAUAAUUUUUAUAUGGCAAUAAAGAAUAGCCUAUUAGGUUUCCGAUUAUAUCGUUCUUAUAUCAAUAAGAUCAAAAAUGACCAAGAAAUCAAAUUUUUCCGCCGAUGGGAAUUCGAAGUGAGACGUACAAACAAAAGAUAAUGCAAAUUUAAUUAAUCAGCAAACUGUUAUGUAGCAAAAUUUACAUAAAUUCGUGUUCAUUUAAAGAGAUUUAAGCUCCUAUGCCUUCAACAUGUUGAACGAGAAGAAAUUCGCGUUAAAUUUGCAUUUUAGUUUUCAGUGAUGAUUAGCAUUUCAAAGCCUUUGAAACUUUGAAAGAAAAAAUGUCCAAUUCCCAUCGGCGGAAAAUUGUGAUUUUUAUGGACUUUUUUUGUCAAAGCAAUACUCCUUCAUUUUCCAACUAAAUGACGCGUACAGCAUGUCAUUUGAAAGGUAAAUAAAUUAACUUAACAAUGGUGUAAAAACCAACCGAAUUUGUCAAAUAUAUUCUGCGUUAUUACACGCCAAAUUUGGAUUCGAAUUAUUUUGAUACACACUGUACAUCCUAUUCGUUACCCUAAUCCAACCUGUUAUUAUUAUUAGGUGUAUUGUGGCCAGGAAUGGCGGAAUGUGCAGCGAAACACCGUGAGAGGGUGUAUUUCUUUUCGAGUAUUGAGUGUAGGCGACAGUUCCUCGAUGAUCCCACACAGUAUCUUCCUGUUCAUAGACCUCUCAAGGUAAACUGGAAUAUUUCACCUUUGUAUAUUGAGCUAGGCUUGCAUACAAGAAUAAUAAGUAUAUCUAAACUAUCUGAUGAGCUAACUUCCUGAAGGGUCUUGGUUCUCAUUGUACCAAAGUUGUUUCGUUCUAAUUGUUUGCAAUCGCUUGUAGCCUCCACCAACACGCCUCUUCAUCAUUGGUUCAAAAGGUUCUGGUAAAACCUUGUAUGGUAGAUAUCUUGCUGAGAAAUUGGGUGUGUUUCAUAUUGACUUUCAAGAAAGACUUCAGGAGUUGAUCAUUGCCAAGACUAAGAAACGUGUUGGACCUGAUUAUGAAGAUGAAGAAGACGAGAAUGCGGGUCAAGAUGAUGAAAGUAAGUGAUUAUGCAUUUGGGAGUGUUGGUAGCAAGAAUUUUGUAUACAUCAUAUACUUGUGCCUUUAUCAGGACGAUAACAGGGUGACAUAAAAACGUAUGUGUCACUGAUAUCGUUUUCUAGGCAUGCACUGAUAUCUUUUUUGUCUCUGAUUUCGCUUUUUGUCCUGCUAUUUUAAUGAUUGUUCCAUUGGGGCAAAUUUAUAUUCAGUAACAAAUUCUGACCCUAAUUAAGGCACAAUUAUAUAAUAAACAGGUUAUGAUAUGAGGGGCGAGGCGAUAUCAGUUUUAUUGCUUUCAGGAUAAUAUCAUGAAUAUCCCCCGUUCUCUGCACUCACCGGUGACAACUAUGAAAUGCGCUCUUCCCAAACUUUAAAUAACUUAAAUUGGCCGACACUAGGAACAAAAAUGUUGUCUAAUGUUUGUAAAGUAUUACACAAAUUAGGCCCAUCUUAUCUUUUACAGCCAUUUAAUCGAGCGAAUUUAAUUCACAGUCAUUGUACACGAGGUCAUGACUACAAUUUUGUUAUCCCUAAACCAAACACCAUUUUUUUGAAAAAUGGUCUCGAAUAUAAUGGAGCAGUGGUAUGGAAUUCAAUACCAAUUGAAACUAGGAAUUCCACUUCCCUAAAAUAUUCAAAAAUAAACUGUAGAAUUAAUUUACGUGGUGUUUCCACAAACAAAACUAUUAGAAUUAAUUUGUUUUGUAUUUUGCUUUAAUUUCUCAUUCUCUUUGUAAAUAUUGUAAAUAAUUCAAAUGUCACGGCGCCUGGGAAGAUCAUCUUAUUUUCGAUGACAGGCCUCCGUGCCUAAAUAAAGUUCACUAUUCACUAUUUAUGAUAUCGUCCCUCAAGCGAUAAAACUGAUAUCGCCUCUCAUAUGAUAACCUAUACAUGUCACUCUAAGACUUCUUUGGGCAAAUCCAUCGUUUGUUAGUUCGCCCAUUCGUAGCGAGAACUGCUCGUUUUAUUUCCAGCGGGAGAUGGUGAAGGAGAUAAUAAAGAGGAUGAAAAUAAAGAGGAUGAAGAUAAAGAAGAGGAAGAUAUGAAUUUGACAGAAGAGGAAGAAAUUAUAUAUGUCAGUCUCACUGAAGGAGAACAUUUACAACGAGAUACUGUCGAAAAUAUAUUGAGUCAAUGGUGGAAUGAAGAACCGUACAGGUACAGAAUUGUACUUCGUUUUCAACCUGUGUGUAUGUAGGUUUGGCGUAAAAAAAAAUACCUGUGGUUCCGGUUCCCGACCGACCCUAUUUUUUUCUGCCGACCCUAUUAUUUUUUCAACGCGAUUGACCGUGCGACCCUAUUUUCUCCAGGUGGUUGCGGGCUGCUCAUACAGCGUGCCAAAAUGGCGUAUGUUGUCACACUAUAAAUUAUUGAACCAAAUUGCCUAAAUUCGUCCAUAGGAAAUACACAUCUCUAGUUAAUAUUGAUGUCGGGACUCUACUGCAAAUCGCCCAGCAAAAAAACGCCAAAACCAUGAAAAAAAAUAUUCAAAAAAAUUUUAUUUCCGACCUACCGACCCUAAUUUUUUCACGAUACGAAACCGGAACCACAGGUAUUUUUUUACGCCUUUUAUGAUUGGAUAAAACGAGGAUCACGCAACCUCAGCUAACUGUUCUUAAUGCUUUCUCAACACUAUCAUGUAUUCUAUUUAAGUUAAAACAUAGUUGGAACACUCUUCAAACCUUUAUUUUGUUAAUCUAGAGCUUGAAGUGUUCCCCGUAACAAUGCGUGACUGCCAACUUUUAUCAACUCUCAUCCUCGUCUGACGAGGCGUUACUUAGAACUAUCGUGCAGCAAAUGCUAAUGAACUGGCAGUUAUCUUAGUCAUGUGAAUUUUGUUUGGAUUUGGUAGUCGUUUGCUUAGUGGCAAACAAAUAAAUAAAAGAGAUAUAUUUCAAUCUUAUUACUUCUAAAAAUUCAAAAGUUGCCCCGUUAUUUAUCUAUUUGGUCUUCAAAUAGUACAGGAAUUAAUUAACAAUAUUUUUUCUCGCACUGAUAACUAUCAUCUGCUACACAAUCGUUCUUUUUGAAACCUUCUUUCGACUUCUAAAUUCUAAUUAUCAAUUAUUUUUCUUAAUUAGAUCUCGUGGUUUUGUUCUCGAAGGAUUUCCACGUAAUGAUGAUGAGAGUCGUGUGUUGUCAAUGUCAGGUCUGUUUCCUGAUGCCGCUAUAUUACUUGGUGUUGAGGAUACAGACAUCGUUGAUAGGUUACUACCAGGGAAACUGGAGAGAUGGAAAGUGAAACGGGAUAAACGUCUUGCUGAGAAAGCCAAGCAGAAAGCGAUAACCUCGAAAGCCAAGGUAACUGUUCACAUAACACUUUAACUUAAUCUUCUUCUACAUGUCGGGUCUUUCCCUUUCUACCUCAAUCCUUCUAAUAUAUUAAUAUACAAUUACUUUAUGGUUUCCGUGUUUGGAUGGCCUGAUCCAAACACGCGGGAAUGUUGCGAGAGUUAAGAAAAGCGCGCGAAAGCACGAGCCGAAAUUUUAUAAAAUAACAACAACACGAUAGUCUUCCGUGUUUGGAUGGCCUGAUCCAAACACGGGUUUCGACCAAUCAGAGCACGCGUUAUAUACAUGUUAUUUUAUAAACAUUGUUGUAAAUAAGCUAAAUAUUCCAUUUUCAGUUAUUACCAUUUUCUUUAUCAUGUUUCGCUUCGCUUGGAUAAUCCUUCUUUCCGCCCACAUGACAGAUGCUCUCUCUCUGCGUUGUAUAUAUAUGUGUUGUAAAGUAUUGUAUUUCAUUCUGUCUGAAGAUGACUUUGAAAUAAAGUCGAAAAUUUACAGUCUCAAACUGCGUCUUGUUUUGAAUUAUAUAUUGAAUUCUCAAGAUGUCCAGUAUUUUCGGAAUUUGUUUCUUACUUUAUAUAUAAAUAUAGUAUCAGAGAAGUCUUGUAUAGGUGGGAUUGACUGAAUACAAUCACGCAGCAGUUUGACUGAAUACAGGGAUGGUAUGACCUCUCCCCGUCGACAACUUUUUAGGCAAAAAAAAAUUUCCGGACGAGUACGUUGCAAUUGGUUUCCAGUGACUUUACCCGUCUAUCAACUUGUUCCACUACUGCAAAAUCUUGCUUGACUACAGUAUUUGAAUUGUAAUUGUUGUUCACAGUUCGCCUAUCAUCAUGUUAUUACUCAAAUUACUGAAUCUCAUUUUGUCUCUAAUAAUUUUUUGCUUUAUCAUGAAAAAUAGCGGGGUGCGCACCCCCGCACCCCUCCAGUAAAUCCAUCCCUGACUGAAUACAAUCACGCAGCAUGGUUGUUAAUCCAGCUUGUCGACCAGCAGUUGAGAAAAUAGUUCUUUUAUUAAUUAUUAUAUAUGUAGCAUAGUUGUUUUACGUUAGCAAUAAACAGAAAUGAGACAUGUGGUUAGAUAUGCCGCCAUUUUUGGUGUACUGCCUUUUCCAAAUCUGAGAUUGUACGCAGUGAGUAAGGGAUUUGUAGUUAAUUUACAGUUAAAUAUUUGACAAAAAUGUUUUCACAUGGCUUUGAUUUUUCACGUCGUUUUCAAAAAAGUACCCCAAAAAUGGCGGAUUUGGCCUUCGUAAAGGCUAAUUAUCCUACUCUAAUUAGUGUCAAAAUGUUUGGAAAUUUUAUAACCACCAUACUGAAACCCACCAAUUGAUUUUGUAAAAAAGUUUAAGACAAUUUCUUCUUUCUCCAUGUUCCGUAGGAGGAAGCAAGAGCUACACGCAAAGAUGAACUUCUACUUGAGAUUGCAGAACGUAAAGCUGAGAAAAGGGUAAGUCCAUAAAAAUGUGCUACCCUAAAGCGUACCAUGAAACUUGUACUGGGAGCUGCAGACAUCCUAACCACAUGCUGUUACUAUUGUUCCCAGUAACCUGCGAAACGACCGUUUUUACGAAGGACAUAUUUGUAUACCUCGUGAUCACAAUUCAUUGCAAGCGGCGUGUGAGAAACUGCAAGUUUCAGUUUGACAGUUCUGACAGUUAAAUUAAUUUUAAAUCAAAACUACGCACCUGAUUGUCCUUCGUAAUUGACAAAACUGCCAAUGACAAACCGCCUAAAAAACGGUCGUUUCGCAGUUUACUGGGAACAAUAGUACUUCUGAUCCAAGGACUGGCUUUAGUCUUUACGGUGCGCACUCCCUUUGUCAAUGGGGUGUAAUUGGAAUGGUAAUCUACUCUUGAAAUCAAAUUUGUGGUGGCACUAUCAAAUGUAAUGGCUAUUUUUCGCUCUUUGUGCCCCUCUGACCACCAAGAAAAUCGUAUUUCCCAAUCUUUUUCUGACAAACCAGGAGUUAAGAUCCUCGUUCAUACUACCAGGUCUGGCUAUGAUCCUGCUGGAAGCUGUUGCUCAAGAACACUACCUUGCCCCUGAGUGAUCACUCUUGUCUUGUUUCGCUCAAUGAACAGCGAACAUGCACAUCAUCUUCCUAUCUAGUCAAGAAAAUACUUCAAUAUCCAAAUACCAGUACACCUUUACAUAUGUUGUAACCGUUGUAUUUAGGCUCGUAUGGAAGAGAACGGCGACGAAGGUGAUGAUGAUGACGAGGACGAGGAUGACAUGGAUGAAACAGACAUUGACGCCAUCUUGGAUGGAGAGUUUGAAGAAGAUGAAGAUCUUGAUGACGAAGAAGAAGAGACCGAGGAGGAUGCUGCAGAUCGUUUGAGAAUUGAGAUCACUAAUCGUUUUGAUGAUGAUAAUGCUAGACUUGGUGUAGUACAGGUAUGUCACUGUUGUCAUUGACUGAUUAUCUGAGAGUUGAGAUCAGUGAUCGUUUUGAUGAUGAUAAUGCUAGGCUUGGUGUAGUAUAGGUAUGUCACUGUUGUCAUUGACUGAUUAUCUGAGAGUUGAGAUCAGUGAUCGUUUUGAUGAUGAUAAUGCUAGGCUUGGUGUAGUAUAGGUAUGUCACUGUUGUCAUUGACUGAUUAUCUGAGAGUUGAGAUCACUGAUCGUUUUGAUGAUGAUAAUGCUAGGCUUGGUGUAGUAUAGGUAUGUCACUGUUGUCAUUGACUGAUUAUCUGAGAAUUGAGAUCACUGAUCGUUUUGAUGAUGAUAAUGCUAGACUUGGUGUAGUACAGGUAUGUCACUGUUGUCAUUGACUGAUUAUCUGAGAGUUGAGAUCACUGAUCGUUUUGAUGAAGAUAAUGCUGGGCUUGGUGUAGUAUAGGUAUGUUGUCAUUGACUGAUUAUCUGAGAGUUGAGAUCACUGAUCGUUUUGAUGAUGAUAAUGCUAGGCUUGGUGUAGUACAGGUAUGUCACUGUUGUCAUUGACUGAUUAUCUGAGAGUUGAGAUCACUGAUCGUUUUGAUGAAGAUAAUGCUGGGCUUGGUGUAGUAUAGGUAUGUCACUGUUGUCAUUGACUGAUUAUCUGAGAGUUGAGAUCACUGAUCGUUUUGAUGAUGAUAAUGCUAGGCUUGGUGUAGUACAGGUAUGUCACUGUUGUCAUUGACUGAUUAUCUGAGAGUUGAGAUCACUGAUCGUUUUGAUGAUGAUAAUGCUAGACUUGGUGUAGUACAGGUAUGUCACUGUUGUCAUUGACUGAUUAUCUGAGAGUUGAGAUCACUGAUCGUUUUGAUGAAGAUAAUGCUAGACUUGGUGUAGUACAGGUAUGUCACUGUUGUCAUUGACUGAUUAUCUGAGAGUUGAGAUCACUGAUCAUUUUGAUGAUGAUAAUGCUAAACUUGGUGUAGUACAGGUAUGUCACUGUUGUCAUUGACUGAUUAUCUGAGAGUUGAGAUUACAAAGUAUAAGUUGCUGCUGAUCUUCAUAGAGUUUACAUUGCAGGUUGUUUUGAUUAGGAUAAUGCUAGGUUGGCUGUGUAGUGCAGGUAUAUGACUGUCAAUGACUGACUGAUUAUCUGUCAGUUGACAUAACUGAGGAAGGUGCUGUUGAUCGUCUUAGAGUAGAGAUUGUUUUGAUUAAGAUAAUGCUGGGCUGGCUGUGUAGUGCAGACAUAUGACUGUAGUCAGUAACGGACUGACUAACUCACCUACCGGCUAACUGACUUUAUCUGCAUGUUUUUCAGGAUUCACUGGAGGAAAUUCUUAUACCUCGAGUUGAGAUUGAUGCUAGUCGUAAACCUCGGAUAGUUCGAUAUUGUAUAGACGAAGCACUUAAACCAGUUGUAGACUUUCGUGAAGCUUUAUUCUCGCGUUGUUAUUCUCUAUCACCUGGACUGGCUCAUCGUAUGCUCAUUCAAGGGUACAAGUUUCCAAGUAGAUUUGGAAAAUGGUGUCCUGUUGAGGUACUGCUUCUAAAUUGUUUUAAUAUAAAAUUUAUAUAAAAAUUCAGUAGUUACAAAAGGUUUUAUGUAGACGGUAUUUCGGGCUCAAAACUUUCCUGCACGAAAACCUUUAAUAGUGUGUUCCGUCAAGCGAUAUGCCAAAAAUUUAUAAUGAUGUUGGAAAGUUUAGUAAGCAUUGCGAGGCAACAGAUGAUAAUCAACUUAUUAUGUUUUAUAUAAAAGCAAGCAAAUCAAAUCCUACAUUUCCGAGUUAAUUUAUUUCUCAAAAAUAAGACUACUACAUAUAAUAAUAAUAAUAAUCUGAGUAUUUAAAUAUAGCGCUUAAAUCUAUGAAGUAAUAUUCUAAAGCGCUUUACAAUGGUAAACUUACAAUAAUAACUAAACUGACUCUAUUCUAAUGUUAUUUUCUUAAGUCUGAUAUACACUAUCAAAUCACUCUGUGAUCACAGUAGGAGUUUUGCAUCGGUAUAAAUUCUAUGUUUUGAAGGAUUUGUGAGAAAUGUUUGAGGGAACUGACUCGGUCUUUAAUAUUAAGUCAGUUUGCUCAAGCAUUUCACGCAAAUUCUUCAAAACUUAGAAUUUACCGAUGCAAAAUUCCACUGUGAUCACAGAAACGUUGUGGUGUAAACAAUGCUUCACUGUGACGAAUAUCUGCUAUAUAAUGGUGCUCUGUGGAACCUAACUAUCAUUACCUCAACAUAUCAUUACUGACUCAUUCACAUACCUCCUAGCUUCUGGAAGGUGAUGACAUUCAACCUUACUAUCCACGUGGUAGCUCCAACUAUCCGGUAGUUUACAGACAGUAUAUCUACUACAUGUCAUCAGAGAAAGCCAAGUCAGCCUUCAUGAGUUGUCCAAUGAAAUUCUUGAAGCAACCUUCACCUAAACCUAUGGUCACUAUACAGAUGGCUAUUAUAGGACCACCAAAAUCUGGAAAAACUACAUGUAAGUAUGGAUGGGUAAGAUGUUAUGUAUUAGCUAGCCACAUUAUUCUUCCAUAUUGAUUGGUAAAGUAAGUUAAUUUUGUCCAUACUAGCUGUGUAAUUUCGUAUCUCUUUUCCCCAGUGGUGUAGUAAAGCCACGCUCAAACGAGGAUGAGAGUUGAUGAGAAUUGCAACUCUCGUCCGAAUGAGCGACCAUACCAUUACCCAAAAUGAGCGUCUCUAAUCAAAUGCGCAUAUGACCGUGUUUAUAUAUAAACUCGGUCAUAUAUUCACAACACCAUUACCCCAAUUGUGUGUCUCCAAGAAAAAUCGGUACAUAGGCAACACGCAAGGCAUGACUGAGACUUUCUCUCUGUAGUGGCCAACAGAUUUGCAGCAGAGUAUGGCGUGGUUCGUCUCUCUAUUGGUGAGGUUAUACGACGUCUAUUGACAACUCAGCCAAACACAGAUCUUGUGAGGCAGAUUAAUCAUCAUUUAAGAACUGGAUGUACUGUGCCAGAUGAUUUAGCUGUGCAAGCAUUGGAUGUUGUGUUGAUGGAUCCACAGUGUCAAGUAAGAGGGUGAGUAGAUUGGUUGAUUACAGGGGUGGAAAAAAUAGGCGAGCACUGCUCGUAGGAAUGUUAAACAGCUGCAGGAAAUUCGUUUGAAUGAAGAUUUGCUAUUGAAAAUUGAAGGAAACCUUAACACCAUGUCUCACUAUGGGCGAAACAACAUACAGUUGACAGACAUUAUUCUUGAAUUUAAAACCAUGGUCAGCUAAGCAGGAAAUUUUUGUUUCCAGUUUGUGCUCCCAGGAAAAAAAUUAUUUUUUCCUGCCCUGUGGUUGAAACACAGUGUAUGCUUUAAAAAUCUGCUGCACUAAAAACGCACCGUUGCUACCAACUUUCUGAUGAAGAGUCUUGAUCGCUGUCAAAGUUAUCUGCAUAAGGCAAUGCAAAUUUUGGCACGUCAGAUUAAACCUUAAAAUCUGAAAUGCCUUAUCUUAGUCCUCCCCUCGGUAGCACAGUAAACUGAAGUUUGAUCAUCAGUGUAUUUCGUCUUGAGAUGUAAGGCGGGUUCUUCUGUUUGCACAUAGGUUUAUUCUUGAUGGAUUUCCAAUGACCAAACACCAGGUUGAGUUAAUGACUGAAAGAAGUAUUAUUCCUGUCAACGUUUUGGAGUUACGUGUUGAUGAUGACGAAAUCUUCAAGAGAGCAACUGAAGACAGAAGAUCACCAUCUAGGUAGGGAAAUAUGCAAAAUACAGCCUAGACCUAGGUCACCAAACCUGCCAAACCCAGCCGAGUAAAGGUCUUAGGUCUUGGCUCCGUGCAAAUGUGUUUGUAUGUAAUUUUAGCUUUGUUCACAUUUUUAAGCAAUCUACAGUCGAUUUUUUUCGUUCCAAAAGCUUACAAUCUGUCCCUAUUCCGGUGUUCAAACGAAGUUUGGCAUCACUUUAUAUUCCUUAGUUUGUUCGGAAUCAUGAGCCUUAUUCCAUUUAUCCAAAAAUAGUAUUUCUUCGCGUAUGUGGUGCACUUAUUUUGCACAUACUCCUGGGCACCGAACUGUAGUACUGUGCCUAAAGGCUGAUUUACACCAUCAAAGUCUCUGUGAUCACAGUAGGUAAAUUCUAUGUUUUGGAGGAUUUCUAAGAAAUGUUUGAGGGAACUGACUCAGUGAGUCAGUUUCUUACAAAUCCUUCAAUGUUUAGAAUUUACCUAUUCCAAAUUCCUACUGUGAUCACAGAAACUUUGAUAGUGUAAAUCAGCCUUCCGCUUUCAUCCCCCGAAGAGGCAUGCAGAACUCAUGGAUGCAACCAUAUUGUCCCUCUCUGGCUAUAUUCAGGCUUAAUUAAAGCUUUAAUCCCAUUUGUGUAGAACAUACCCAGUACAUGAUAGCCACACGAUCAUUUCCAUACGCCUGGCUUGCUGGAAGAGAGAGGUUGAAGCCGUAAGAGCGUGGUAUAAACAGGUUCAAAGAAACUGGUUUGGUAUUGAUGGUACGAGAUCGAAGUGGUUGAUAUGGAAGACUGCAUUGGACCAUGCGAAACAUAAUAUACAGGACAUUCAAGUCUACUUGGUCAGAAUCGCUGAAGGUACGUUGGAAUAUGGUUUAUGCAGUCUGGUAAGUUGUCGUGUCCGUUGUUAGUUUGUGCCUACAGCCAAUUUUCGUCUAUGUCUUUUCUAAAAGGUCAGUCUUUUUGUUUACUUUAUGGGUCCAGUUAUGCAUAAUACAGUCGUUGUUUUCCGUCGUAAGAUUCUUAUUUCAGUACUUUCGUAUAUAUAGUCUCUCUUCCUUAGAUUUCAGUUUUGUUGAAGGGUGCUAUCGUAUUCUCACACAAAACAGCUUGUUUAAAUCAAUCUUCAUUACACAGGAAGAGCAGCUUCUAUUGCCAACAUGUGUGUAUCUCCGAACGAAUUCAGUGCAAGACUGGGAGAUUUUGGCGAAUACUGUCCAGUCAGCUUGGCAGACUAUGGCCAGUUGGUGGACUGUUCUGGUAACGCUUCCCUCGAGUUCGCUGCCGAGUUUCGUGGACGUUACUACAAGAUGGAAACGUCUAAGGAGUUAGAGAUGUUUUUAGACAACCCAACCGCAUACGUGCCGCCACUAGCACCCCGUGCACUGCCCCCUCCUGAUAAGCUACCAAAACGAAGGACAGCUACGGAAAUGAAGGAGAACUUCCCAUGUCAAAUUGAACUGCAGGGAUACUGUCCUGUUACUUAUCUUGAUGGAAAGAAGAGGUAAGGCCCUGGAGGUGCAGUCUCUGUAGGUGUUCGUGAUAUAGUUCUUAGUUUCACAGUUUCACGAUAGAGUUGUCUGGUUAUUUCUUCUCAUGCAAGAAGAAUACUUCCCGCAGCCUGACUCCACCAAACAUCCCAGGUAUUCUCUGUCUACUCCGCUUUCCUCCUUGAUCAGUAAGGAAUUGCUCGUCCUCGGUGGAUAUCGGGAGAAUAGUUUAGAAAUGAUAGAGCUAUCCAGUAUAAGUAAAGUUAAGUUUAAAUUGUGUUCCUUAUAUGUAAAUAUCAUAUUUUGUAGAUACGAGUUUAUUGUACCUGGUGAUCCAGAAUUAGUAGCGGAAUAUCGUGGUUCGUUCUAUACAUUCCAAUCAGAGAAGAAACUUGACGCAUUCAUGAGGUUUGUUUGCAUUUGUGUUUGAAAAAAAGGACAGUCGUUACCAAACACCACAGGUUUUCUCUAGACACUCCAGUUUCUUCCUCUGGUAACACGGGACCAAUACAAGGUGGCUUUUCAGUGUUGAAACGCUGUGCAGAACAGCCCAGGAUUAUACAGUUUGGAUUAUACAGUUUGGAUUAUACAAAAGCCCGCGCAUUGUAUCUUGCAACAACGCUUUAUUAGGCCACAUAAAAUAAAUUCCUUGAUUCUCAUCACCGCCCGACUGUAUUUUAAGAGCCGCGUGAAAAUAUUUUAUAUUUUGUUAUUCAAUAUAAAUGCACCGCCCGACAAAAUAUUUCAAGACAGUUAAGUUUUUUAUAUUUUAUAUUGGGUUUUUAGUGCCAUUUUAAACUGCCAAUUUCAAACAAAUAGAACCUUGAAAGAAAUUUCAUUGCAUUUUAAAGGAACUUCGCAUUCAGUUCAAGGGUUCACUCAUUGUUCGUGGAGAAAUAUGUUUAUUUCGGUUUGUGACACUUUGGAAAUCACAGAAAUAUUAAAUGUUAGGAAUUAUCUUUUUACUUUUAUUAAUAUAUAAAUUAUAUAAAAUAUAAAAUAUAAACCUCCCGCCUCUUCGACAUUUUCAAAGUGUAGUGAUGAGAAACAAGGAAUUUAUUUGAUGUGGCCUUAAGGCUGUUGGUCCAACAUCAUCAAACAUUAUUGGAUGAAACAUUGUUGGCCUCGUUUGAUGAACACUACGUUGGGUAAUGUUGGAUGGGGUUUAACUAUGUUUGAAAACUCAGUAAUUCAUAUUGAGGGAAAGAUUACCAAGUCUACCGUAUCGGUGAUUUUGAAUAAUUUACGUAAACUUUAGCUUUGAUUUUCUCGACUUAGACAAAGUUUAUUUUUAAAAUUUCUUCGCCAAUGAACUCAUCAGAUGGGUCGGUUUUUAAGCCAUUUAAAAUACUCGCAGUCUGUGCACUCGUGUUUUAUAUCUGAUAAAGCACUCCUGUUCGUGUUUUAUCUAUUACUUCAAAUUUCCAUCAAACAUUGUGCAACAUCCUCCAACUUCGACCAAUGAACGGAGGUUAACUAUUCCCUUCUAUUUCAAUCCAGAACUCCUGAAGUAUACCAUGGUUUGACCCUCCCUCGUAAACUGCCACCCAGAAGCACACCGUUGGCCAUUCAUCAACUGCCAAUGCUGGGAUUCUUGGAACAGACGGUAUCUGAAGGCGUUGUAAAGGCGUUAACAUCUGUGGGUUGUUUCAAGCCCAAGUAUCCAUUCUUAACUGCAAAACGCUCUGCCUUACUGUAUGUCGCUUAUCAUUUGAAAGGUAUGGGAGGCAAUAUUGAUAUUAGAAGACGUCUUUAACCGUUCAAUGACUGAGACGAUAAAUACGGGAAGUUAGACAGUCAGUCCGAAUAAAGAAUUAACAUCGUCUAUUAAUUGUCUUAGACGUUUAAUUCAUCUAGUAUAAAUACGAGACUAUUACACUUGGACGCACUUAGCAAGGAAACACUGUAGAUGGUUGCCAAAUCAAAAUAUUUUCUAUUUUCUUGGUUUCAUUCUACACUUGUUUCCAACUCUUCAUCUCGUAUUUAUAUUAGUCGCACUUAAUACAAGACGUUUACUGGCAUCACGCCCUUCAUACAAGCAGCAUCGGGCACUCCUGAUAUAAGUAGGACCACUUUGGGUGUAAAUGCAUGUAUCCAAUACACCCUUCUGGAAAGCACUUAACCUCGUUUAUGCGAUUGAGACAGUGGUUUUAGAGCCUUUUGUCUUGUUUCUGAUGACAUAAUUAUAAGCAGGUCACUUUUAUAUUCAGGCAUGAUCUGGUAGGGGAGGGAGGGGGUGCUCUGUUAGCUCUGGUGCCGAGUUGUGUCGAUCAUGUGUGCCGCCAACCCACCCACCCAUCAACUUGCUUGACUUGCAAAGUCUUGCUUGACUACUGUAUUUGAAUUGUAAUUGUUCUUCACAGUUUGCUUAUCAUCAUGUUAUUACUCAAAUUUCUGUAUCUCAUUUUGUCCCCAGUUUAUCCAUCCCUGUUUAUAUUCACUAGUCUAAUGUAACUGUGUAUGAUUCCGUAAAUGUGUCACCUGUAACAAGACAAAAGUCUCUAAUUCCAAAAUUUCAAUCACGAAAACGAGGCUCUAUAAGCAAGACUGAACACUUUCUGGGACCUCUGCGACCAAGGUUCGAUUUCUACUGCAUGUAGUUGUCUGUUUAUAAUUUCAUCUCAGUUGUGUGUGAGUGCCUCCCUUUUGACUCUUUCAAUAUGUUAGGUUUCCUCGCAGAGGUUUCCUCGGGAUUCCUCCUGAAGAACCGUAGCCCCAAAUUACGUACUACAGUUAAAAUUAUGGUGUAAUAACUUAUAAAAGUGCACAUUUCGUUUUAGCUUUCAAUCCAAAGAGCAGCGAGUACGUACGUACGAAGUACAAGAGAAAAUUAAAGAAAUUUGAAGAGAGAUGUAGCUUGAUCACAUACCUUGGGCGAAAUAUGUCCAAUCGCUACCGAGAACCAUUCCAAAGACCUUUUGAUUUUGAUGUGAAAAUGAAAAAUUUUCUUGAGCUAAAAGUCUUGAGACCGACUGCUUAAGAGUUGUAUAUAGUAGUGUUUUGUUUAUAUAAGUCCUGUACAGCUGAAUAUAUAUGCUAUUUUGUUAAGGAUGAAAAAUGAAAAUCAAGGUAUUGUACUUGUUGAAUGUUGUGCUAUUUUGUGAACUAUUUAACUAAAGUAUUAUUAGUUGAUGUUUGUUUACACAUUGAUAGUAAUUGCAUUAUGGUAGUACAAGUUGAAUUUAUUUAGAGAAAAACCCAACCUCUACAUGUAGAUGGACUCUACUGGUCACAUAAUUUCAUAUUAAGGCAGAUCCAGGUGGCAUCAUCCCACCUAAUAAAACUUUGAGGAGCUUUUUCAGGUGAAUGAAGUUAUGAAGAAGUUUACACCAUCACACAUUUUGAAGAAACUGUUGAAAGAAACUUUGAGAGUUUAAACCAGCUUGUUUUUGUGGAAUAAUCACAGACAAAUAGCUACAGUAUAUACCCUUUUGGUAAGAGCAGCAUUGGAUAUAACUUGGAACAAGAUAUGUUGUUGUUCCCAAUCUAAUGUUUAAUAGAAGAAAAACUUGCAAGAACAAAUCCAGAGGUAAGAUUACUUUCUUACUACUUGAUAUUCUAAAACAUGUACAGUAAAUAAAAUCUGAUUUGCAUUGAUCUUAUUUUCCAAAUAUGUACAGCAUACUAUUGUACAGUAAUAAAAUGAUAAAUUUAUGUCUCUAGCUUUUUUUAUCUUCUUGAUAUCGCUGACUGUUUUGAGCAUAAAUGUUCUGCUGAGUGUCAUUUUUUAGGUUCUUUUUCACAUUGUACACAACUAACAUGGACCCAAAUCCACAGAAUGCCACCAAGAAGAGGUUGACUGCAAUGCGACGCUUUGAAUCUGCUUUCUCCAUCACUGCAUAACUAGA